AUGUCUUCCCGCAGCGAUACUCUAUUGUCCCUCUGCCUUGCUCAGGCCGAACUCUCCCCUCUGCACUACCGCCACGGUGCGAUCAUUGUUCGCGGUGGCAAGGUAAUUGGGCAAGGUUUUAACUGCUACCGCCCUGGCUUUGAUGGCGGUGCGCUCAAGAGCGGUGCUUUACCAUCAAGGGACGCAGAUGGUCCAGCGAUCGCUGAGCUCAAGCAGCGCUUGAAGUCCAAGCCGAAAAGCAAGUCGAAGACGCCGAAUCAGCCGGAGGAGGGGACUUUUACUCCUUUCGAAUCCAUGGGCUGUGGCCACAAUGCCAAUGUUGCUCUCAGUAUGCACUCAGAGAUGAUGGCCAUCCGUAGUGCUCUUUCUCUCUCUUCUGGUACUCAGGCUUCUCAGACCUCGGCUCGCUCGGCGAAGUACUUCGAAAAACCGUACUUCAAGUUACCGGGUGAUUCUAAACAACGCAAAGCCCGAGCACGUGCUCUUAAAGCCUACGUCAAAGCCACCUACGAGGAAGCCACCUCUACAGGCACAGGAAAAGCCUCCGGUGGCGAGUCCUCUCUUCAAAAGUCGUACUUUGAACCCUGUACAUCUCAAUCAGGUCCAGCGGGACAAUGGCAACGAGGCCAACGCCAAGGAGGAGGACGUCGGAUUUCAGAACGAGAAAUUGAACGAAAACGUGGCAGCAAACACAUGGAAAAGUGCAGAGAAACAACGGCUGACGAAGAGACAAUCUCAUCUCUACCAGGAUGGGUAUCAGUACGACAGUCACUAUCAGUACAUAGCACAACAGAAACACUCUGCACAUAA